AUGCUUGAGCACGGCCUGCUGCCCACCGCCAACCACCAGCCGGCGGCGCCACCACCAGGUCCUGAUCCGACACCGAAUCCGAAUUUGAAUCCGAAUCCGAUUCCAAUACCGAUCCUCCCGGAGCGACAGCAGCAGCAACAACAGGAGAGGCGCCGCAGCAGACAGCAGCAGCAUCAGUUGCUGCGGGAUCUGCCCAAGAUCAAGAUCGAGAUCGGGGCCCAGCGAGAACUGCAGGAGCAGGAUGAGCAGGAGGAGGAUGAUCAGGAGGAGGAGCCGCAGCGGGAGCGGGAGCGGGAUCAGGAGGAGCAGUCACGAUCCACGUCCAUUUUGAAGACUUCGCUGUUAAGCGGAGCGGCCGCCACAUUGGCCACCUUAACGGCGGCUGCCGAGCAGAUAGCACGCUCCUCGGCUAGCGGCGACACUCCCAGGGAUUAUUCCCACAGCAACAACAGCAGCAGCAGCAACUGCAACACUGACACUGCAGCAGCAACAGGGACUUUGGCCAGCGGCAGGACAACAGGCAGCAGCAGCAACAGUUUAGAAGAGAGCAAAAGACUUGAGCAUCAACAGCAACCACAACAGCAGCAGCAACAAUAUACAUCAAUACUACACACGGCCUUAAUGUCACAGCAGCGUACCAUUCCAGCAGCAGCAACAGCAGCAGCAACAGCAGCAGCAACAGCCACAAGAACAGCAGCAGCGAUUGCAACAACGACGGAGACGACAGCAGCAACAACGUCGCCCACGCCUGCGCAUGUGCUGAAAACUGCUGUGACCUUAGCCAGUCUAAGCGAGAUAGCCACUGCACGCCAACAGCAGCAGCAGCAGUUGCUGGCGCUGCAGCAGCAACAGCAACAGAAACUGCCCAGAAGGAUAAUAAACUUUGGCAGCAACCAUACUGCCAAUACUGCCACCAAAGGAUUGGGAGCUGGAGCAGUAGUGGGCAUGGCCACAGCAAUGGCAACAGCAACAGCAACGGCAACAGCAACACCUGGACGCAAUCGCCAACUGGGCCUGAGUGAGGGUCAAGUGGCGAAUGCCAGGUCAGCAGUGCGUCUGCUCAACGGCAACUGUUGCGGCCGAUUGCAGGCAACAGCAGCAACAGGGGCCGGCAGCUACAACACGGUAAACAUUCAAACGCAGACCGACGAUGAGUUGCUGCCGCUGCUAGCCAUGCCCCAAAAACAACAAGCAGCUCCCACAACAACAACAGCAACAUCAACAACAGCAGCAACAUCAAUAUCAUUAUCAGCCACACCAUCAUCAUCGUUAUCAUCAACGAUUUCAUUAGCAACGCGUGCAGCAGCAGCAGCAAUGCAGCAGCAGCAACAACAAUGGACUGCCGGGUCGACGACGCCAGUAACAACAACAGGAGUGAUGAUGACGACGACACAAUCACAAGCAACAUUAGCACCACAACAACAACAACAGCAACGACAACUGCCACAACAACAA